UAUAUGUCAACUAACAAGAAGUGCGAGAGAUUUCACGUUUGUAGCUACCACAACGGACUCGUUAUUCCAGGCCAAGCUCAAGCACAUAUAUCUUAGUUUCAAGGAUGAUGCAAAUGUUCUUGUCACGGAUGAUAGACUGAUUGACGAUAUUACCGGUGCAUGAAUUCCAUUGAGCACUCCAUGGGCUGAAAUCGACCUUGUGUUUAUCCCACUUCUGCCUACCAACAAAGCACAUUGGAUGCUUGGAGUGUUGGACAUAAAGGCACAUACAUUGCAUUUAUUGAAUUCGUCCAGGAAGACAUACAAUGAUAUCAAAGUCCGUAUUGGAAUUGAACCCUUUGUCAGCAUGCUUCCGCAUCUCAUGAAAUGUGUUGGAAUAUGGAAAAAAGAUUCCAUGGAGUUGAAUGUGGAUUUUGAUUUCUCUCUUCCCCAACAGAAAAAUGGACAUGAUUGUGGCAUUUAUGUGGUCAAGUACGCGGAGUACAUGCUACAUGACGAUAUAGGAUCCAUGCCCAUGAAGUUUAAUGCGGGGAGAGCUCAGUUGGAUGUAGUUUCACUGUUGUUCAAACAUCGCGAAAUCGGGAAGACUAGAAAGCCUGUGCAGCCUACUGGUGGGGAAAGCAUUGUUUUAGAGUGAUAGUGCAAUUAGAAGUAACAUGUUGUAAUAGAUGGAAACAUUGUCUCGUGUUUUUGAA